AUGUGUUCAUUUGGUCUUCAUUUUUCACCCAAGUUGUAAAAAUAGUAAAUAAAUCUAGAAAAAAGACUAAACGGUCAUACUUGCACGGCUGCACCUAACUUCAGUCUUUCUUGGGAGUAUUCUUCCCAAAUUCCCCUAAAAAAAUGGAUACAGACGUAGUAAUGGUACCUGCCGGCGAGGGUUCCAGCAUCGGAGGUCCUUCUUCCAAGAAACCUAAACGUUUCGAGAUCAAAAAGUGGAACGCUGUUGCUCUUUGGGCUUGGGAUAUUGUCGUUGAUAAUUGUGCGAUUUGCCGCAAUCAUAUUAUGGAUCUAUGUAUUGAAUGCCAAGCUAAUCAAGCUAGUGCUACGAGCGAGGAGUGCACUGUUGCGUGGGGUGUCUGCAAUCAUGCCUUCCAUUUCCAUUGCAUCAGCCGUUGGUUGAAAACUCGACAAGUCUGUCCAUUAGAUAACAGCGAGUGGGAGUUUCAGAAAUAUGGUCAUUAGCUUGGUUACGUCGUUAUACUGAGUGGUUUUCUUCAGCUUAAUCGGGGAUGGUCCAUGGAAAAUUUGUAACAAUUGCUUAAAGUUUAAAGUCAUAUAAAGCGUUAUUUAUCUUCAUGAGCUUAUAUGCGAGUAUUAUCGGUGAAUGACUUCCAACUGUUUUUGAAUGUCAUAACUAUACGCUUAACUGUAUUGGAUUCACAAUCUUGCAUCUAAUCAUAUAACUUGUACCAUUUGGGUAAAGAUUUGAUGCAUUUUAUAAGUUUGUAAUUCCUGUUAAGGAAAAAUCUUG